ACACACCCAAGGAUCUCCUACAAGCCACCCCCCAUUGCCCACUACCCCUGACACUGGACCCCGGCAUCUUUCACUACCCAACACCCAUGGCACCACCACCUUCUCUAGUCUUCUCAGUGCGAAGGAGCAAGCCAGAACUGGUGGCUCCGGCCAAGCCCACGCCCCACGAGUUCAAACCCCUGUCGGACAUCGAUGACCAGGAGGGUCUCCGUUUCCAAAUCCCUGUCAUACAGUUCUACAAAAAGGUCCCCUCCAUGCAUGGGAGGGACCCUGCCAAGGUGAUCAAAGACGCGGUGGCUAGAGCGCUGGUCUUCUACUACCCCUUUGCCGGGAGGCUCAGGGAAGAGGCAGGGCGGAAGCUGGUGGUUGAGUGUACCGGUGAAGGUAUCGUCUUCAUUGAAGCCGAUGCCGACGUUACGCUUGAGCAGUUCGGCGAUGCUCUUCAGCCUCCAUUCCCGGGCUUGGAGGAGCUCAUUUACGAUGCUCCGGGCUCCGGCGGGGUGCUCAACUCUCCAUUAUUGCUCAUUCAGGUGACACGGCUCCAGUGCGGAGGGUUCAUCUUUGGGCUGAGGCUGAACCAUACCAUGAGCGACGCGGCCGGCCUGGUCCAAUUCAUGAGCGCAGUGGGGGAGAUGGCGCGUGGCGCCUCCGCCCCGUCGAUUCCACCCGUGUGGCGGAGGGACCUUCUCAAUGCUAGAGACCCGCCGCGCGUGACGCGCACGCACCACGAGUACGACGAAGUGGCCGACACCAAAGGCACCAUCAUCCCCCUCGAUGACAUGGAACAUCGCUCCUUCUUCUUCGGCCCCACCGAGUUCGCCGCCCUCCGCCGCCUCCUCUCUCCCCACCUCCGCACCUGCUCCACCUUCGAGCUCCUCACCGCCUGCCUCUGGCGCUGCCGCACCAUCGCCCUCCGCCCGGACCCGGAGGAGGAGGUGCGCGUGCUCUGCAUCGUCAACGCGCGAUCCAGGCUCCAACCCCCUCUCCCCGCCGGCUACUACGGCAACGUCUUCGGCUUCCCGGUGGCGCUGAGCUCCGCCGGAAAGCUCUGCCGGAACCCAUUGGAGUACGCGCUUGACUUGGUGAAGGGGGCCAAAAACUCCGUCGACCAAGAGUACAUGAAGUCAGUGGCGGAUCUGAUGGUCAGCACGGGGCGGCGACACUUCACGGUGGUGAGGAGCUACCUGGUGUCGGACCUGACACGCGCGGGGUUCGGGGACGUGGAUUUUGGGUGGGGGAAGGCGGUAUAUGGUGGGGCGGCGAAGGGUGGGGUGGGGGCCAUUCCUGGGGUGGCGAGCUUCUACAUUCCGUUCAGAAAUCAUAAAGGAGAAGAUGGGAUAGUGGUCCCAUUUUGCCUACCAGCAGCAGCCAUGGAAAUAUUCGUGAAGGAAUUGAAUAGCUUGCUGAAGGAGGAGCACCCACUUCCUUCAAACAAGUCUUCCACCUUCAUCAUAUCAGCACUGUAGACGCAUUCCUCUAAAUCCUGUACCACCAUCUCAAUAUCUAUAUGUUCAUGUUUUUCUCCCAUUUUAGGGGGAGGGGGAUAUAUUAGAGGUGGUGGUUGGUGACAUAUGCUUUUGAAUCUAUAGUAUCUUCUUUUUUUUAAUGAUUAUUGAGCAAUAAUUGUGCCACGCUUGUCCAAUAGUACCAUCCUUCCUAAUUGACCUCACUAGUGUAGGCAAUGUAGUCUCUGUCACACCCCAACUUCCCAAGUCAAGAUUUUUGUGAGUUUAUGCCUAAGUGGUUCAGCCCUGAAAGAAAGACGAGGCUUGGUGAUUACUGAUUAGUGAAGUCUUUAGAAUGAAUAGUCCUGUAAAUAGUUUGUUUAUUCAAAUUUACAAAUGCAUUAUUUUUUA